AUGCAGAGAAAACUCACCACGUACCGGAACCAUCAAGCGCAGUUGCUAUACCACCACAACAACCCACCGAUAGAAUGCAGCAGGCUCUUAAAUCUGCUAGAAAGCGGAAGAGACAAAAUUGAAACAUCUGCGCUUCAUCCAUGGUCGCAUCUUGAGACUAUGGUUUGUGAACCUGAAGCUCCUAUAGACACCCAACCUCAUGGUAUAUUAAUCACUGAGGAAACAACUGAUGCUAAUCCUGGUCAACCAAAGGAGGGGAGUUACAUCAUUGCAGGAUUAGAUGGUAAAAAUGACUAUCGUUACGUUUGCAGCUAG